AUGAUAUUAAUAAAUUUUUGGAAAUGGAAUACAUUCUUGCUCAAUAUUCAUUAUAAUAUAUAUAGCAUUCGUAAUUUUAGAAUUUCACGAAGUGCUGCAUGGCAUUUGGGGCCAAAACAUGAGCAACAAAAAGAUGGACAUGAUCGCCAAUGGAUCAACCGAUAUGAUGGACAUGAUAGUGGAUAUAUGAUUGAAAAAGAUGGUCAUCAUCAGAAGAAUAUCGCAGCUUUCAAUCAUGCUAUCAAAGAAGAAUCUGAACAACACGCGUUGAAAUCUGCAGCAGGAGCUGGGAAACAUACCGCGGGUUCAGCUGAAAAGGGUGCUUCUAAGCAUGCUGAUCAAGCUAGUGCUCUAGGAAAAGAUGUCAAAGCGAAAACUUUCGGUUUCUUUGAUUACCAAUACAAGCAACCAGAAUACCAUGUUGAACAGUUCUAUACAGAUGAAAAACACGGACGUAAAUUUGGAGCUGAUCGUUUGCAUCAUUCUUUGAAAGAUCACGAAUCAGAUGCGCACGAAGCAUCUGGAUGGGGAAAGCAUGGCAAGGGAUAUCAUAAUGAUGCCCAUGGUAUUGAUGCUCGUGAAAAUGGAGCGAAACAUCAUUAUAAUUGGAAAAACGAUUUUCACAAAGGUUACGGUAAAGAGGAUGAAAUAGAUUACUCAAAAGGUCGCGGAGCUCAUGAACAAUAUUCACAUCAUGACGUUGUUGUGCCAGAACGUCACGAUCAUCAUCAUUAUCAUCAUAAUCACAAAGAUCACAAUGGAUGGGCUGUCCCGGCUGAACGAGGUUAUGGAUAUGAGCUAAACUUGUGGGACUAUCCAGAAGAACGUAGUACUUGGGGCAAGUGGGGUCAUGGCUGGGGUCAUAUAUGGCAUUAA